AUGGAAUAUUGUUUGAAGAACUGGAAGAAUAAAUCGUUGCUCGAGAAUGGAAAAAUUCGACCGGUUAUCGCGAGGUGGAACAGUCUGGAGGUUAAAGGGAAAGCGGAAACGAUGAUCCAGUUAUUCGAAUCGAGCUUCUCCCCUCGAGCCGUUCCCGUAAAAUCGAGGCCCGGCCCGACAAAAGUCGCGUCCUCCUCUUUGAAGCGCGUAACAGAAGCGGAACCGACAUUUGCAUCGGCGUGGAAUCGUGGCCCCUUUUCCAAUCCGAACAGCGAGACGGCGUUUAAGCCGAUUCCAGGGCAGGCUGCCGGCGUAUUUACCCGUUUCGGGAUAAUGCGAAGGCGCGAUACAAGUCGGCCGAAAUCGUGGAUUAUUCCGUGGUACAUGGGAAAGGCAAACAGAAAGGGCAGCCGAGCGUGUAAUAAUGGACUCUAA